UAACGAAACGACGAAUGUAGCAUUAUUUAUAAUUAGGUCAAACGUGUACAUAUAUAUAUUCAUAUAAUAUAAGCUAUGACGUGUUCAAUUAUUCAUAUAAAUAUCUUUGUUUUAUUUACAACACAGUACUACUUCUAUAUCUAAUCCUAGCUACUUCAACCUCUCCUCUCUGCCGAUCAUCAUAUAUCUUCUUCUUUUUUUCUUCUUAUAAUUAAUGUUUCUUUCAUAUAAUUUAAUUUGUUUGCGUAUUGUUUUUUGAAUAUUAAUUCUGGAUCUCUCUAUGUUUUGUAGCAUCAUCACGUAAUCACACCUUUAAAAAAAUCAUUUCAAGCAUGUAAAUUCGUUCAAUCUCCCCAUAUAUAUUUUUCUCCUCCAUAAAAAAAAUCUCCAUUUAUCUGAAAUUAUAUCCUUUCAUUGAUUAAUUGUAUAUAUAGUGUUAUAAUUAAGGCUGGCUAAGUACUCCCUUAUUCCUUAAAAACACUUUUAUAAAAAACCUUCAAAUCAUGUAAAUUUCAAUCCUAUAUAGUAUUCCUGUAUCACCGCAUACACAACCAAAAAAAAAAAAAAAAUUAGUUAUCGAAUAUAUAUCAUGUAAUUUCAAAGCAAUUAGAUCAUCGAGCUUAAUUAUCUUCAAUUAUCAUUGUUUGUUAUAUAUAUAUAAAAAAAAAGAAAAAAAGAAAAAGAAGAAGAAGAGAUAUAUAUUAUCUAUGGCGGAAGCAGAGGGAGAUAAUAAUGGGAGGGUGUCGGCACCUGCAACGCCGGGGACGCCUACUCCGCUGUUUUCAUCAUCUGCGCGAGUGGACUCACUCUCUUAUGAUCGGAAGUCAAUGCCACGUUGCAAAUGCUUGCCCGUGACUGUCAAUGCUCCUUCCUGGGCCCAUUCUCACAACUGCUUCACCGAUUUUACCGCUUCUUCUGACAUCUCUCUUGCUCGCAAGAUAGGAGCAGAGUUCGUGGGAACUUUCAUACUGAUAUUCGGGGCAACAGCAGGGCCGAUAGUGAAUGAGAAGUACAACGGAGCAGAGACACUGAUAGGGAACGCCGCAUGUGCGGGGCUGGCUGUGAUGAUAGUCAUUCUCUCGACAGGACACAUCUCAGGGGCACACCUCAAUCCAUCUCUCACCAUUGCAUUCGCUGCACUGCGUCACUUCCCAUGGACUCAGGUCCCUGCCUACGUCGCAGCCCAGGUCUCCGCUUCCAUCUGUGCCUCCUACGCUCUCAAAGGAGCUUUCCACCCCUUUAUGAGCGGUGGAGUCACUGUUCCUUCUGUCAGCCACGGCCAGGCCUUCGCUCUCGAGUUUAUCAUCACUUUCAAUCUCUUGUUUGUGGUCACUGCUGUGGCUACUGACACUCGUGCCGUGGGAGAGUUGGCUGGGAUAGCAGUUGGUGCCACUGUCAUGCUCAACAUUCUUAUAGCAGGGCCAUCGAGUGGUGCAUCGAUGAAUCCAGUGAGAACACUUGGUCCGGCAGUUGCAGCUGGAAAUUACAAGGCUUUGUGGAUAUACUUUGUGGCACCCACUCUAGGGGCACUUGUUGGGGCUGGAACCUACACAGCCGUAAAACUCCCAGAAACUAGCGCUGAGUUAGCAGCACGUCAAGUCAGAAGCUUCCGUCGCUAAUUAUAUGUAUUCAUUUCUAUGAAACACUUUUCAUUGUCCAGUUUCUAUCGUGAUCGUGUGUGUGUGUGUUUUUAAGUCAUAUGAUAAAUAUAUGACAAGAUAUCACUUUUAUAUAUAUAAUUUGCAUAUAUAUAUAUAUAUAUGUGUGUGUGUGUAUAAUAAUGGGCGCAUGAGAAAUAGCUAGGUCUCGAAUCUAAGCUCUCCACGCUCUUCACUCUUGUUCUGUUUGGUAAUUAAUUUGUACUUUACUUUCUUGUAAAUUGCAUGUAAUGGGUGCAAUAUAUACUAAGGGCCGGUGCCACUGCCAAUUAAAUAAUAACAAUAAAGGUAUAUAAUUUGUGACAAAAA